CGAUAUCUUGAGACCACUGACAAUACUCACAACUGAAUUGCGAGGCCUACCGCCAUGGCUGAAGAUUUCAAGAAGUAUCUGGCAAGUGAGGUCCUCAUUGAGCAACGAACCAUAUCCUACCGCAAUAUCUCCCGAGCUUUGAAAGUGCACGUCAAUGCCGCCAAAUGCAUGCUCUACGAGUUUUACGAAUUCCAAAAUGCGAAGAAGCCCCAAUCAGUCUAUGCUACCUACCUUCUGUCUGGCACAAAGAAGAGACCGACACUUGCUGUGGCCACGAAUGGGACAACAAGUGGACACGCGCACGACUAUGAUCCGGACGAACAUAUCCCUUCAAGCCCGCCGCCGUUCACCAGUUCCAUGCUUGAACCGAGCCAACAAAGUAGUCAUGUGGAAGAAGAGGAGCCAAAGCAAACACCCGUACGCACUGUGACGCUGGUGAGAGAAGACGCACUGGAAGGGAUGAAAGAUGAAUACGAGACCAUCACGUCCAUGCACAUUUACAGCCUUUCUCCUGCGCGAAUACAAGAUCUUGUCACGUUGACGGACAUCAGCCGGGGUCUAUUCACAAAUGGAUUUGAGGACGAACAUAACAAGAUCUAUGGUGUGAUUCAGAACCCUGAUGUCCGGCGACGGAAAGGCAAGAGACCAGCGAUUCCAGGAGGAGCAUCAAAAACCCAACCUGCCAAAGAAGAGACGAAGAAGCCUUCAUUCAGCCACACAAAACCUACCCCCAAAGGAUUAACUUCCGCUCCGCUUGUCAAAACCGAAGAGCCCUCACGCCCCAGUUCUCGCGACAGUACCUCGACCUCCAGCUCCGCCAAACAGCCGACUCUGAAACGAGACGCGUCCGACCUCUUUAAAGCAUUUGCUAAACACGGCCAGCGAAAAUCAACGCCCGCCGCUACUCCGAAAUCUGCUAGCCAAGACCAGGACACAACCAUGAAUGACGCUGAUGAAGGUGAGUCUGAGGACGAAGCACUCUUCCUAGACACUGGGACACGAAAAUCAGCCACCUCAAAGAAACGGGCCAGCGACGUCAAGAAGGAGCGCGAGGACAAGGCCGCAAAGCUGCGCAAGAUGAUGGAGUCGGACGACGAAGAGGAGGCGGCAGCGCCGAGCGUGGAAGAGGCAACAGGGCCGAAAAACGACGAGCCUCCAGCAGCGAAGGGCACGGACGCACACGCCGAGACGAAGAAUGAUGACGGGGAUGACCAAGUGGCGUGGUCAGAAUCCGACACGGAGAAGAAACAAGCAUCAAAACCCGACCAAGACGCAGCCCCGACCCGCCGGCGGCGGGGGAAGCGCAAAGUAAUGCAAAAACGCACGUUCAAAGAAGACGGUUACCUCGUGACCAGGGAGGAGGCAGUGUGGGAAAGCUUCAGCGAGGACGAGCCUGAGCCCCCUCCUCCUACACGGGCGGUCAAGAAGGAGACAGCGACGCCCAAGAGCACGCCCAAGACGCAGACCCAGGGGUCCACCCAGAGUCAGGGCCAGAGUCAAGCUGGUAAGGCUGGAUCUGCUGCGAAGAAGAAAGCAGGUGGUGGGGGGAACAUUAUGAGUUUCUUUGGCAAGAAAAACGCAUGAGUCCCAUCAUCCUCUUGAUGGAAGAAGUCAGGCGAUGGAGGAGGUGGCUGGCUGGCUAGGUAGGUGGCUGCUGGGGAAGAAGACCCAGGCCACAUGGUUGUAUAGCGCACACACCAACCUAUUUCCUUCAUACACCAUAACAUGAUACUGCAUACCAAACAU